AUGGCACUGCCCGAGACGCACUACGAGGUUCUGGGUACCGACCCGCAAGCCUCUUUAUGCGAGCUAAGAGCCGCAUUCAAACGAAGAGCCCUCGCUUUGCAUCCUGACAAGGGAGGAUCGAAAGAGGGCUUCCAACGAGCGCUCCAUGCGUUCGAGGUGCUGUCUGACGAUGUCAGCCGGGCACAGUAUGACACAGACCUCCGCCGACGCCGGGCUGCCAAGAGGGGUUUUGCGUCCCGAAAGAAGGAGGCACCUCGCAAGAAAGCUGGGCUGGCGAGUCGCAACAGCAUGCCGGCAAAGGCCCGCUGGUCUCCAGUGAGGAAGGUGGACACGGCGUCUCCACGUACAGGAGGGGCCUCUGGCCGCCGGCGUGAGGCUGGGCCACCAAGGAGGCCUCCGGCAUCCCCCAGCCGAGCGGAGCAGAAGGCAAAAGCUCGGCAAUUGGAGGAUCGGCUGAUGUGCAAGGUCUUCACCUUGUUGCAGAAAGUUUCUGCGCCACAUCGACGAGGUCUUCUGCAGCGCAGCUUCUCGCAGGCCCAGCGCCUGGCUCUGGAGGCCUGGGCUCUCGCCCAAAAACCGGCGCCCGCGGCUGCAGCGGGGCCAGGCGAGCUCCAGCUGCAAGGGGGUGCUCCGGCGCUGCUUCCGCAGUCGCUCUGCGAUGCUUCGCCCUCGUCGCCGGCAGCACUCCGCAACUUCGAAGCAGACACCUGGGAGGUCGGUUCCUCAGCGCACGCAGAGGUCAAUGCACCACGUCACGUCAGUGUGCGGGGGAUCGCCGCCUUUUUGCGCCGAGGGCGGGUUUUCUACCAGGCGAGCCUUUGCAUCCAAAGCUUUCACAUGACGGUCCGGCGAGUUCCGGAGCUGGACCGAGCUCUGGAUGUGCUUCUCCUCCUCAUGUCCGUGCGGAAUCGUGUGGGUAGCCCCGAAGAUCCGGAGGCUUUUGCGCAUCGACUUCGAUCAGCGGUACCUGAAGUGCUGGCAGAGCACGGCGUCACUGCUGAGGAGAUCGGCUUGCGUUUCCAAGUGAUGAUCUGCAUGCGCUUCUGGGUGAGACCCCCGCUGCACACGCCACAGCAGCAGUGCCUGGAGGUGGCGCUUGAGGCGUGGCGCCGCCUGACGUGCUUCCGCUCCCCUCUCGGCCAAGGAGCUCGCGGCUUCGCGCGCAUGGACCUCAUGGAGCUGGAGGCACGCUGGCUGGCUUUUCGGGAGGUGUACCUGGACAUCUUGGAAAAAGGAGGACGCCCCCGUGAGGGCUCCCGCCAGCGCCUUGACGCUUUGGAGGAGGCUGCGCGCCCCUUCCGCGAACGUCGCCUGGAGCGCUGGAAUCGGCUCGCGAUGCUUCGCGAGGACCGACCCCGACACCAAUCCAGGAAGGCGGCCUUAGCUUUCGAGCGCUCCAGGCGGACCAAGGCGCCCAGGCCGUCGGGCAGCGGCGGAGGCCGGAAGCUGCCCCACGGCGAAGCCAAGCAGACGAUCCCUAGAGAGGACCGCAUCAGUCAGAAGUUGGCUCGGCUGUUGAGGCGAUGGGACCAUGCGCACCAGAAACUUCUGCGCUUCGAAUCCCGGGAUCGCAAGGCUGCAGCGAGGCUGGCGGCACGUCGCAAGCGGAAGCAGGCCGCUGCCAGUCGCGCAGAUGCUCGGAAGCGCCGAGUGCAGCAGGCCCAAAAGCGGUCAGCUGAGAAAAACGAUGCCAAGCGCAAGAAAGAGGAGCACAGCUGCCGGUGGAAGUGGCUCAACCGGAAGGACAUCACCAUGGAAGAGCUGCUUCAUUUCCGGAACAUGUGCUGCCACGAGGAAGUCGAGCAUUUUGCUGAGAGCGCGUCUUCCGUCCACUUCACCAGGAGCUCGCAGACACCCUCCUGGCUCAAGGCGUAG